AUGAGAAGGUACUGGAAGGUGUGUGGGAAAGAGGUGAAUGCUCAUACAAAUGUAAUGGAUAAGUGGGGUUUCUGGAAUAUAAGAGGCUUGAACCAACCUAGUAAAAUCUGUGAUGUCCUUUGGUUUCUGAAGCAUCAUAAUAUGGGUUUGUUUGGGCUCAUUGAGACUAAAGUAAAGGCUAAGAAGUUUGGGGAGAUUUUUGAGAGUUUUAAAGGUCAGUGGUCUGCUAUUACUAAUUACAGUAAGGUAGAUAAAGGUAGAAUAUGGGUGAUUUGGCAACCUUCUGUUUAUAUAGUGCAGGCUAUGAGAAUUGAAAUUCAAUGGAUUCACACCUAUGUCACUCACAGGGCUUCUGGUGUUUCUUUUUGGUGUACUAUGGUGUAUGGGGUGAAUGUGGCUAUUGGUAGAGAAAAUCUUUGGAAACAAUUGCUAGAGAUCAGGCCUACAGUUUCUAGCCCCUGGGUUGUGUGUGGAGAUUUUAAUAACAUUCUGAACAUGGAAGAUAGGCAACAAGGUAGUGAUAGAGUGUGUACUAAGAUUGAUAGAAUGUUGGUGAAUGAGAAGUGGUUUGAGAUUUUUAAGAAUACAAAUGUUGUGUUCCUCCCUGAAGGGCUUAUGGAUCAUUGUCCUUAUACUGUGUCAAUGUUUGGUGAAGCUGAGGGUCUUAAAAAGCCUUUUAGAUUCUUCAAUAUUUGGACAAAUUUUCCAGGAUAUAAUGAUAUUGUUAAGCAGGCCUGGAAUACUGAGAUUCAAGGUACUGAUAUGUUUGUCUUAAUCAAAAAGUUACAAGCUGUUAAAGGCUGUCUUAAAAAGAUAAACCUGUCCCAGUACUCAAAUGUUGAAACAGCUGAUGAUGUGGCUGCUAGUGAAUUGCUGAAGUGUCAGGAAAAUCUUAAUUUGGACCCCAAAAAUGAGGAUCUCAUUCAAGCUGAAAGUGUGGCUAGAGACAGGUAUGCUAAUGCUUACAAAGCUAAGUUUCAAUUCCUAAGACAAAAGGCCAAGCUUCAUUGGCUUAGAGAUGGGAAUAUAAACUCUGCUUAUUUUCAUGCUUGUUUGAGGAGUAGAAGAGUUCAUAAUAGGAUUGUGAGUAUUUCAUUGGAUAAUGGAGAAGUUUCUCAGGACCCUGUUGUCAUAGCUGAUGCUUUUAUCAAGUAUUAUAUUAGGUUGCUGGGUACCUCUUCUGUGCCUCAAAAGAAGAUUCAUCCUGAGGUUAUAAUGGAAGUUGUUGUUCUCAAUGCUGCUCAGAAGGUGGCUCUUUGUAGAAAAUUUGAAGAGAAGGAUGUUAAAGGUUCUUUAUGGAGUAUUGAUGAGGACAAAGCUCCUGGGGCCAGAUGGUUUCUCUAG